AUGAUGCAGCCUGUUGAGCCAGACAGUGCAUAUGCAUCUCCUGGCUACGUCCGUCGAUUUCGUUCCCCUCCUGCGGCAGAUGAGGUCCGCGGCUGGGAACAGGUCUUCGUUGAGGGAGCCAGCGGCCGCCGCGGCUCAUUGACACAGCAGAAUUCACCAACCACACAUGCUCCCGUCAGGAUCCCAGAGAUACAGUCGCCCGUGCUGGAGAUGGCGGGAAUAAUGGACGGAGCACUCUCAGGGCCGGACAGCGAUACCGUCAACACACUGGCUGCUUCCCUGAUGAUCUCGACUGCAGUCUCUCCUACUGUCAGCGCGUCGGAGACGCUCGUGGACGCCAGCGAGCACCGCUCUCGCACCCAGUACACCAGCCUCUACGACGACAAAAAGCAGUGGCUCAAGGCCAAGACGGCUGUCUACGUCGGGAAUCUGGCAGCCCGUGCCCACACCCUCCGCACCUACUACAAGGCCAUCAUCUGGUCUCUGCUGCUGAUGUUGCCGGUGAUCUUGGUCGGCUACGCCCAGAACCUUGCCGUCUCGCUGCUGGCUCAGCCCCAGUUUGAAGAACGGUUCUCGGGUGACGAGGACGACUUUGGAGCCGCCUGGAUGCUGGCCGUGCAGAUGUGUUCUGUGGGCAGCUCCAUGCUCGGCGGCCUGUUGUUUUCCGUCCGCCACAUUUUGGCCACGUCGCUCAUGCUCUUCCUCGGCUGCACCUUCAUCAACUUCUGGGCACCGUCCAUGGCCGUCAUUUUGGCCGGCACGCUGCUUCAGGGCCUCUGCUCUGGAGGCUUCGGAACGCUGGCCAGCACAUACAUCUCCGACGUGUGCACGCCGACCAUCAGCAACGUGCUGACCGGCAUGAUCAGCUGCUGCUGGAUCGUCGGUCAGCUGACCUCGUACGGCGUCCUGUGGCUCAUGGUAGACGUCGAGGGCGCCGGCGCAUACCGCAUUCCCAUGGCGCUCCAAUGGGUCAUUCCCGUGCCCAUUGCCAUUGCCUGUCUCGCGGCUCCGUCGUCUCCAUGGUGGCAUGUCCGUCGCGGCAACACGGCGGAUGCCUUGCACGCACUGGAGCGCCUCACAUGCUCGCCCGAUCGACGGCGGUCCCGCUUUGGCAUCCAUCCCACCGACCCGGCCGUCCUUCGGCUGGCCGAGAUCCAGGCCGUGGUGGCCCUGGAGACGGCACAGCUGACAGACAAGAUUGAGUUCCGUGAAUGCUUUCGCAAGUCAAACCGGCGGCGCACAGAGAUUGCCGUCAUGGUCAAUGUUGGACAGAUCGUCGUCGGUUUCGCCAUUGCCAGUCAGCUUGUCAACUUCAUGCGCCUGGCCGGCCUCAAGAGCGACGAUUCCAUCAAGAUGGCAUUCUUCAAUGCCAUCAUCCUGCUUUUGGGCAGCAUGUGCUACUUUAUCUUCUACACCCGCCUGUCGACGCGGACAAUGUAUUUGGGCGGCUUGGUCUGCAUAUGGCCGGGACAAGCCGUUCUUCUCUUUGGUUGGUCGUUUCUCUACGGCGCGACCGUCGGUCCGUCCACCAACACAAUUGUCUGCGACGUGAGCUCGGCCGCGCUGCGCACCAAGACCCUCUCGUUGUCGCGAAUGGCCAACGACAUGGUCAGCCUGAUGCAAUCAGCCGCCGGGCCCUACAUGCUGGGUCAUGACAAGGGCAACCUCCAGGGCCUAACAGCGUUUCCAGCCGUGGGCCUCAUCUCCAUUUGGAUCAUCUGGGCCAGCGUGCGUCUGCCCGAAAUGAAGAACAUUCCCCAGGCUGUGGCAGACGUUCUGUUUGCCCGCCGCAUUCCGGCUCGCCGAUUCCAGCGUGAGGCCAAUCGGUUGCAGGUCAUGGACGGUCAAGUCGUGGACGGCCAGGUGGACGCCGUAAUGGGCGUGGGCGGCCCAGGCGUUGUGGUCGAGGUGGCAAACGACGCUGCUCUUGUGGUGUAG